CGUAGAAAACACUGGAUUAUGGCAGCUCACCUUAUCAAAACCAAUUUAUAUGUUAAUAAAGCUAUGCGUAAAAGUAUAAUUAUUAGGAAGAUGCAGCAUUUUGUGACAUAAAUAAGUUCUGAGUUUUCUGUUAAGAGUGACUGACCCACUUGCUGCUUAAUUAAAAAAAAUAUAUAUAUAAAAUAAAAAAUUAAAAAAAUUUAUGGGAAAAUUGGUUUUAUGAUUACUGUUAAAUAUUAGUGAAAUUUACAUGAUUUUAAACGAAAAAAGCUCAUAUUCGAUUCAAAAUAUUCUGUAUAAAAGCUAGAGAAAUGCAGUGAAAUUUUUAGUAUAUUCUAGACAAGAUGCAUUGGAGGAGCCUAAUAACGUGCCUAUUUCUGGCCACUCUCGUGCCUACAAAAGGUACUAAUACCGUAAAGCAAGCAGAGGCACAGCUGCGUGUGACUGCCGCAGUGAACGUUGAAGAAGGACGUGAAAUUGUUAAAAAAGAUUUGGGUAAAACAAUGGAAAAUGAGCAGAAACAAUUAGAAAAUAAUGUAAAUUCGCCAAAUGAUAUAGAAAAAGUAGACUCCACUCUACAAUCAUACGCCGAAACUGCUGCAGACAACGACACCGUAAGCGUGGAUGCUGCGCUAGACAAGAAUCUCAACGUUAAAGCCAACGAACGCGCAGAGUUUCAGGCCAAAAGUUGUGAAAAUGUUGCCAGUAAACCAGUGGAGCGCGAAAACUUAAUUGCCAUGCCUAAACUUCAUCAUGGCGGUGGUGGUAAGCCCUAUCUGCAAGUAGUUAUGCCUACACAGUAUCCUUAUACCACAAGACCGCCACACUACCACCAACCUGGUUAUGGUGAUUAUGGUUAUGGUGGAGAUUAUGGUAACGCUGGUUAUCCUGGUUAUGGUGGCAAUCCCGGUUAUGGUGGUUACCCUGGUUAUGGCGGUUAUCCUGGUUAUGGCUACGGCGGCUAUCCUGGCUAUGGCGGUUAUCCGGGUUAUGGCUACGGCGGCUAUCCCGGCUUUGGCGCUUAUCCCGGUUUUGGCGGCUAUCCUUUCUUCAUCUAUCCUAAUGGCACAAUAGUUAGCUUUCCAUUCGCACGCUUUCGUAGUCUUAAUCUGGAUUUAGCGAAAUCUGCGAAGCAGACACAAAUAACCCCAUCUGAGCUGCCGAAAUCCGCUACGGUGGCUGGUGUGGUGAAGAAGGAAAAUGUGCAAGAGAAGCAAUCGUUGCCGGCAUUCUUUCGUUUUUUGAAUUUUGGCUAAGUUUGUGAAUAAAUAAAUCAAUUGUGCAGUUACAGCAU